CGCCUCAGAUAAUUCACAUUUAAAGAAGCCAUUGAUUCUGAGUGGAGCACAGUCGCCUCGCCACUCUCACCAUUGAGGCCUGUACUUUAUAACAAUGUCGGAUCUAGAGGCUCCCCUACGCCCUAAGAGAAAGAAGAUUUGGGUGGACUACUUUGUCCAAUUCCGAUGGAUAAUUGUUAUCUUUGUCGUCCUUCCGAUUUCAUUCACUCUAUACUUCCUCACGUAUCUUGGGGAUGUGUGGUCUGAGUCGAAAUCGUUCAAGAAGCGCCAGAAGGAGCAUGACGAAAAUGUCGAGAAGGUUGUGAAGCGGCUCAAGGAGAGGAACCCGAAGAAGGAUGGUUUAGUCUGCACCGCCCGCAAGCCAUGGAUUGCUGUUGGAAUGCGAAAUGUGGACUAUAAGCGUGCUCGCCAUUUCGAGGUUGACCUUUCGGCCUUCAGAAAUGUUCUGGAGAUCGACCAGGAGAGAAUGAUAGCUAGAGUCGAACCUUUGGUCAAUAUGGGACAGAUUUCCAGGGUCACUGUCCCGAUGAAUCUGGCUCUUGCAGUUGUUGCAGAGCUUGAUGAUCUUACUGUUGGAGGUCUGAUCAACGGCUAUGGUAUCGAAGGAAGCUCCCAUAUCUAUGGUCUGUUCUCUGACACUGUUGUGGCUUAUGAGAUUGUUUUGGCUGACGGCCGGUUGGUUAGAGCAACGAAAGACAAUGAAUACUCCGACCUGUUCUAUGCUAUCCCAUGGUCACAGGGGACGCUAGGACUCCUUGUCGCAGCCGAGAUUAAACUCAUCCCCAUCAAGGAAUACAUGAGGGUAACAUACAAGCCUUUGGUGGGUAAUCUCAAGGAGCUUGCCCAAGGCUAUAUUGAUUCUUUCGCACCAAGGGAUGGGGAUCAGGACAAUCCUGAAAAGGUACCGGACUUCGUUGAGACCAUGAUCUACUCCCCGACCGAAGCUGUCUUCAUGACGGGUAGAUAUGCUUCGAAGGAGGAAGCCAAGAAGAAGGGAAACAAGACCAACAGCGUUGGCUGGUGGUACAAGACCUGGUUCUACCAGCAUGCUCAGACUGCAUUGAAGAAAGGUGAAUUUGUUGAGUAUAUCCCAACGAGAGAAUACUACCACAGGCAUACUCGGUGCUUGUAUUGGGAGGGGAAGCUCAUUCUUCCCUUCGGUGAUCAGUGGUGGUUCAGAUUUCUCUUCGGUUGGUUGAUGCCCCCUAAGGUCUCUCUCCUCAAGGCUACUCAGGGCGACGCUAUUCGAAACUAUUACCAUGAAAUGCACGUCAUUCAGGACAUGCUCGUCCCGCUCUACAAGGUGGGAGAUGCUCUGGAAUGGGUCCACAAAGAGAUGGAGGUAUAUCCAAUCUGGCUCUGUCCACACAGGCUGUACAAACUCCCGGUGAAAACCAUGGUCUAUCCCGAGCCAGGAUUCGAGCUCCAGCGCAGACAGGGCGACACUCAGUAUGCUCAAAUGUACACUGAUGUUGGAGUCUACUACGCUCCGGGGCCAGUCUUGAGAGGUGAGGAGUUCGACGGGUCUGAGGCGGUCCGUAGGAUGGAGAGCUGGCUGAUCGAGAACCACGGAUUCCAGCCGCAGUAUGCUGUGUCCGAGCUCAGCGAGAAGAACUUCUGGAGAAUGUUUGAUGCUGGCCUCUACGAGCACGCCAGGAGGAAGUACGGAGCUGUGGGAACCUUCAUGAGCUUGUACUAUAAAUCGAAGAAGGGGAGGAAGACGGAGAAGGAGGUGCAGGAAGCCGAGCAGGCGAUCUGCGAAGCCCCCGACGCGGAGGCUAACUAGACUAUAUAGCACAGGCGAAUGCUGGUUGUUGUAGCUGUUGUUGUUGUGUUUGAGAUUCGAGUAGGAUUGAGUUGUUUUGAUGUUUCUUUCCCUUUUAUCUGAAUUUUAGCGUAUUUUGUUUUGCUUAUUUAUUGAGGACUUGUAGUUUUGCUCAGUUUGACUAUUUAAUCUCAGAGAGCACUUUUAUUUCU